UAGUUCCCUGCACGCUCGGGAGCCUCGGAGCCUCCUGGCCUGAAUGCAACUUUUUUGCCUCCCCUUUUGCUGAUCCCUGUCAGUAGGGACCGACAGGGAAAAAACAACAACAAAAAAACCCAACCAAACAAACAACAAAAAAACCCCAACCACAAACCAUCAACCCAACCCCGGCGAGGAGGAGGCAGAAGGGGCUGUGCGUGCAUGUGUUGUGGUUGCUGCUGGUGCUCAGGACCCGAAUUUGCAGGUGUGCGUUGAAAUAUGGAGAAUAGUCUUGGAUGUGUUUGGGUACCAAAGCUGGUUUUUCUCCUCUUCGGGUUUACGCUGGCGAACCUGCAUCCUCGAGUCUCCGGUUCACAGAUCAAGACUUUCACAUCGUUGAGGUUCUUGACCGAGCCUUCUGAUGCUGUCACCAUGCGUGGAAGCAACGUGCUGUUGAAUUGUGUCGCAGAAUCAGACCGAGGAGCCCCAGUUAUUAAAUGGAAGAAAGAUGCGGUCUUCUUAAACCUGGCGGUUGACGAAAGGAGGCAGCAGCUGGCCAACGGAUCACUCUUGAUACAAAACAUAGUCCACUCCAGGCACCACAAGCCAGAUGAAGGUGUCUACCAGUGUGAAGCAUCUCUAGAAGGCAUUGGAGCUAUCAUCAGUCGGACAGCUAAGGUCAUGGUAGCAGGACCACUGAGGUUUCUUUCCCAGACAGAAUCUGUUACGGCUUUUGCAGGAGACACAAUUCUGCUGAAGUGUGAAGUUGUUGGGGAGCCCAUGCCUGCGGUGCACUGGCAGCGAAACCAGGAGGACUUGUCCCCGAGCCUGGGUGACACGCGGGUGGCUGUCCUGCCUUCUGGAGCUUUACAGAUCAGCAGGGUUCAGCAUGGGGACAGUGGGGUCUACAGGUGCCUGGCAAAAAACCCAGCCAGUUCAAGAACUGGGAAUGACGCAGAAGUCAGAGUUUUGGCAGAUCCAGGUUUGCACAAGCAGCAGUUUUUCCUGCAGCGACCGUCGAACGUGGUGGCCAUGGAAGGGAAGGAUGCUGUUCUGGAGUGCUGCGUUUCUGGGUACCCCCCUCCCACCUUCAUGUGGCUGCGAGGAGAUGAAGUGCUCCCCAUCAGGUCCAAAAAGUAUUCGUUACUGGCUGGGAGUAACCUCCUCAUAUCCAACGUGACUGACGACGAUUCUGGGACGUACACGUGCGUAGUCACCUACAAAAACGAAAACAGCAGUGGCUCCGCAGAGCUGUCGGUGAUGGUUCCUCCAUGGUUUUUAAUUCGCCCUGCAAAUCUUUAUGCCUAUGAGAGCACCGAUAUUGAGUUUGAAUGUGCGGUGGCUGGGAAGCCUGUGCCUACGGUGGAGUGGAUCAAGAAUGGAGAAGUGGUCAUUCCCAGUGACUAUUUUCAGAUAGUGGGUGGCAGCAACUUACGGAUUCUGGGCUUGGUAAAGUCAGAUGAAGGUUUUUAUCAGUGUGUAGCUGAAAAUGAAGCUGGAAAUGCACAGGCCAGCGCGCAGCUAAUCAUCCCCGAGCCUGCUGUCCCAAGUUCCAGUGUCCUCCCCUCUGCCCCUCGAGAUGUGGUCCCUGUGUUGGUCUCCAGCCGAUUUGUCCGUCUCAGCUGGCGUCCCCCUGCAGAAGCCCGAGGCAGCGUCCAGACCUACACCGUCUUCUUCUCCAGGGAUGGCGUCAACAGGGAACGGGCAGUCAACACAUCUCAGUCUGGGACUCUGCAACUUACUGUGGGCAACCUGAAGCCAGAGGAGACCUACACCUUCCGAGUAGUGGCAUACAACGAGUGGGGACCAGGAGAGAGCUCGCAGCCCGUCAAGGUCGCCACGCAGCCGGAGCUGCAAGUUCCCGGGCCAGUGGAAAACCUGCGGGCUGUGUCUACCUCACCUACCUCGAUUCUCGUCUCCUGGGAUCCCCCGGUGUAUGCAAACGGCCCCAUUCAAGGCUACAGGCUCUUCUGUACAGAGACAGCGACUGGGAAAGAGCAGAACGUCGAGGUGGACGGGCUGUCGUACCGCCUGGAGGGGCUGAAGAAGUUCACCAAGUACACCCUGCGCUUCCUCGCCUACAACCGCUAUGGCCCUGGCGUCUCCACUGAGGAUGUGACAGUCACCACGCUUUCGGAUGUGCCCAGUGCGAUGCCUCGGAAUGUCUCCUUGGAAGUGGUGAACUCCAGGAGCAUCAAAGUUAGCUGGUCACCUCCACCACCAGGUACUCAGAAUGGAUUUAUUACGGGCUAUAAAAUCCGACAUAGAAAGACUACCCGCAGGGGUGAGAUUGAAACACUGGAGCCAAACAACCUCUGGUACUUGUUCACAGGACUUGAGAAAGGAAGCCAGUACAGUUUCCAGGUGGCUGCCAUGACGGUGAAUGGGACAGGACCCUCCUCAGACUGGUACACAGCGGAGACACCUGAGAACGAUCUCGAUGAAUCUCAGGUUCCUGACCAGCCAAGCUCUCUUCAUGUCAGGCCCUUGACAACAAGCAUCGUCAUGAGCUGGACUCCACCGCUGAACCCGAACAUUGUCGUCCGCGGGUACAUCAUUGGCUACGGUGUAGGCAGUCCAUACGCUGAGACCGUGCGGGUGGACAGCAAACAGCGUUACUAUUCCAUUGAAAAUUUGGAGCCAAGUUCCCAUUAUGUGAUUUCCUUAAAGGCCUUUAACAAUGCUGGCGAAGGGGUGCCCCUGUACGAAAGCGCGACCACCAGGUCGAUGACAGACCCCAUUGAUCCAUUAGAAGUUGAUUUUUAUCCUUUGCUUGAUGAUUUCCCUACCUCAGUCCCAGAUAUCUCCACCCCCAUGCUCCCACCAGUAGGUGUCCAGGCUGUUGCACUUACUCAUGAUGCAGUGAGGGUCAUCUGGGCAGACAACUCUGUCCCAAAGAACCAAAAGACUACGGAGGUUCGCUUCUACACGGUCCGAUGGAGAACGAGCUAUUCGACAAGUGCUAAGUACAAGUCAGCAGACACGACUGCCCUGAGUCACACGGUGAUAGGGCUGAAGCCAAACACCAUGUACGAAUUCUCCGUCAUGGUCACCAAAGGCCGGCGGUCCAGCACCUGGAGCAUGACAGCGCACGCCACCACCUACGAAGCAGCUCCAACCUCUGCACCCAAGGAUCUGACAGUCAUUACACGGGAAGGGAAGCCACGGGCCGUUGUCGUCAGCUGGCAGCCACCGUUGGAAGCCAAUGGAAAAAUUACUGCUUACAUCCUCUUCUAUACUUUGGACAAGAACGCUCCAAUCGAUGACUGGAUCAUGGAAUCCAUCAGUGGUGACCGGCUCACCCACCAGAUCAUGGACCUCAACCUGGACACCGUCUACUACUUCAGGAUCCAAGCUCGCAACGCCAAGGGAGUGGGGCCCCUCUCCGAUCCUAUUUUCUUUCGGACGCUGAAAGUUGAGCACCCUGACAAAAUGGCUAAUGACCAAGGUCGGCACGGGGAUGGCUCAUACUGGCCAGUGGACACCAACCUGAUCGAUAGGAGCAGUCUGAAUGAGCCCCCCAUCGGGCAGAUGCACCCUCCCCAUGGCAGCGUCACGCCCCAGAAGAACAGCAACCUCCUCAUCAUCAUCGUCGUCACUGUCGGCGUCAUCACGGUGGUGGUGGUGGUGGCGGUGGCUGUCAUCUGCACCCGGCGCUCCUCGGCGCAGCAGAGGAAGAAACGUGCAACCCACAGCGCUGGUAAAAGGAAGGGCAGCCAGAAGGACUUGAGACCCCCAGAUCUCUGGAUACACCACGAGGAGAUGGAAAUGAAGAACAUCGAGAAGCCAACAGGCUCGGACCCCACAGGAAGGGACUCGCCGAUGCAGAGCUGCCAGGACAUUACCCCCGUCAGCCACAGCCAGUCGGAAACACAGCUGGGCAGCAAGAGCACCCCACAGCCCGGUCCUGAGACAGAAGACGUCGGAAGCAGCAUGUCCACGUUGGAGCGCUCCCUCGCUGCCCGCAGAGCCACCCGUGCCAAGCUCAUGAUCCCCAUGGAUUCACAACCAACCAACCCUCCUGUGGUCAGUGCCAUUCCAGUGCCAACGCUAGAAAGUGCCCAGUACCCCGGGAUCCUGCCGUCCCCGACCUGCGGAUACCCGCACCCGCAGUUCACCCUGCGGCCGGUGCCGUUCCCGACCCUCUCUGUGGACAGGACCUUUGGAGCGGGAAGAAGUCAGUACACUGUUAACGAAGGCCCAGCACCGCAGCAGCCACCUUUGCUGCCGCAGACACAGCCUGAGCACUCCAACAGCGAGGAUGCCCCAAGCAGAACCAUCCCCACCGCCUGCGUCCGCCCUACGCACCCUCUGCGCAGCUUUGCCAACCCCUUGCUACCUCCACCCAUGAGUGCAAUAGAACCGAAAGUCCCUUACACACCGCUUCUGUCUCAAACAGGGCCUAACCACCCCAAGGCUCAGGUGAAGACGGCGUCCCUUGGCUUGGCAGGGAAGGCCAGGUCACCCCUGCUGCCCGUCUCGGUGCCCACGGCCCCAGAGGUGGCAGAAGAAGGCCACAAGACGACGGAGGACUCCGCCAACGUUUAUGAGCAGGAUGAUCUGAGUGAACAGAUGGCCAGUUUGGAGGGGCUAAUGAAGCAACUCAACGCUAUCACAGGCUCAGCCUUCUAACAGCCCUUGAUAAAGCGAUAAUUAUCCCGGAGCAUUGCAGCAUACCAGGAUUUCACACAUACCACCCACAUACACCACCCCAUAAAAUCAUCUUGUUCCCAGUACCACUCCUUCAGCACCACGAAGAUUCCUGCAAAGUCCUGAAAGGAAUGAUAAAAAUAAGAAAAAAAGGAAUUAAUGAAUAAUCAUGGAAAUGUUACGGAACCGUAGAUCUGGCAUCUCAAGUGAUGAAAGUGUGGCAAAGCGGGCGUAGUCGUCACUGCGGAGUCGUAGGUGAUGCCACUGGAUUGCUCCUUUUGAUCCACUAGUCUUCAUAGAGCUCAAGUUGUCAUGACUAACUCAUGUUUUACUCCGUAGAGGUUUGUAGCUCUUUGUAUAGGUCUAGUCUUACCUCAUGCAAGUCUAUUUUAAACAUAGCCCAUGCCAUUAAUGAGACAGUGUCGUAGGUCACUCGUUUAGGUUGGUUUGGUUGUUGUUUGUUUGUUUUUUUAAAUACAUAAUUACUGACUACCAAAACACCCAUAGCAAAUAAUCACACCACCACGCCAAAAAUCUGAAGGUUUUCCCAACAGCACAAAAUGAAAAGACAAAUUACUAAUUUCUUUUAUCAUCUCUGUCAGUCAACUCGCAUGAAUGGUGGGGAUGAGCGAGUUGCUGUCGAAUUCAGCCGUUUUAGCAAGUGUUUGUAAAUCCUCCAGUAGUUCAUGUUUUAUGAAGAAAAAAAAGAAAGUCUCUAUUGGUGGCCUGCUGCCAGCCAGCCAGUGUACAUGCAAAAAAAAGAGGGCAUAAUAUGCAAUCUUCUCUGGCAUGCAGUCAUUACAUGCUUAAGCCUGUAGUAAAACACGUCUGGGUGGCCUUGGUGCCAGACCGCCCUGCGGUGACAUUGGGGAAUGCUACUGGGGCCAGAGCGGAGGAAGAUGGAGCUGGAUUUUCCCCCGGCGUCCCCCGGGCUGGCUCCCACCCCAGCACCCGCCCGCCGGGAAUGCUGAUGGGCAGAGGGUGGGGAAGGCCAACGGGUGGCAGGCGCUGGGUGCUUCCCGCGGGCAGGACAUGAGCAUGGGGGAAGAACCAUGGAGGCCGAUUAAUAACCAAUAAAUUAAUUAGGAGGGCUUUUCUGCAAGCGUCGUGUUUCCUGGUUGAGAUCAGCAGCGCUCAGAGCGGAGAGCAGCAGGACACCAGGAACCAUCUUUAGGGAUUCCCUCUCCUUGUCCCAGUGCUUUAGCUGUGCAUUACCGUGUUUAUUGACAACGAUAACUGGCUGAAUUGACUAAAUUUUGUGUGCAUACAUUUUAUUGCUAAAUUUUCAGCUGCAUUCAGCAUUAAUCUCUGUUUAUGCAGCUGAAUCACCAAAAGGGAGUUAAUUUGCAUAUUUAUCAGUUAGGAGGCUGCAAAACCCAAUAAGAGAGUUUCAGAUGAAUUAUUCCAUUCAGCUCUGCCUUUGAUUUCAAGCUUGAGUGGGUCAUAAUUUUAAAAGAGCAUGGAAAGGAUAGGAUCUUUACAACCUAAUAGCUCCUUUUAUUAGGUGGGUAAUUAUAUGUGAAUCUCCGAAUAAAAUAUUUUGAGUAAAAUGGCACUGCAACAGAAGUAAUAAUUCAGAUUAUUUUCUACGGCCCUGUGCUGGAAAGGAAAUCAGAUGUCAAGGAGGAAUUCAAAUGCUUCAUUAGGAACUCUAGUGUGUUUGUGAAAAUGCUCCUUUAAAAAUGCCUUGUUAUUCAAUUUACUAAGAUUUUAAUGAAAAAUUUCUCAAGAGUGAGGCAAUCUUGUUUGCACACAAGGCUGGGCUUUCCAGUUCUGAAAGAUUUGUAACCAAAAAAACCUCCGGUAAACAGAAAACGCACAGAUCUUUUCCGCUGAAAACCCAGCUCGGCAUUUUUAUAUUUUUUUUUGUUUUUUUCAAAUUUCCUUCAGACAGCCAAAAAAGUGCUGUAGCCUUCAGCUCCCCUGAGCCAUGUGACUCUGAAUUUGGGCAGGUUGUCCUAAGGAGCCUUGGAGAUGUUCCCCACCUCCAUUUGAGGACAAUUUUAGUACAAUACCUAAUUAAUGAGUAAGCAGGCAUUUCUUUGGAAAUUUGACCUUAACUAGCAAAACUGGAAUGUUUUAGCAUAGUGCUUCCACAUUUUGUGUUGCUGAUGCUCUAUUUAUUUGCAGUGAGCUUGGCCAAAAAAAAGGUAUAUUUUUUUUUCUUUUUGCUUUGCGUUUAAUUUUUUUCCUCCAAAGCCUAAAAACAGUUCAAAAGGCUGAGCGUCUUUGUGGACUGCUCAGCUGUUCACUUCUGGGGAAAAGGUUCAGUCAGUUUGAGAACCUUUUUACUUUUUGGAAGGGAGAGGAUAAUCUGCUUGUUGUUCUUGCAUGUGAUCUUAAUUACGGCAUGGUUUAGGGCUGGACAUUGAUACUGCCAAAAUUUUGCCGUGGGGUUUGUGGUGUCACUUCUCAGGGGGUGAGGACCAGCACAUCCCCUAUACUGGUCUGGCUGGUUUGUGCACCCUCAUGUUUAGGCACUGGGAAUUCCCAAAUAAAAGUCAGCCAGAAUUUGGAGAAGCACAGAGAUACGUCCCUGGAAGCAUCCAAGGCCAGGUUGGAUGGGGCUUGGAGCCACCUGGGCUAGUUGAAGAUGUCCCUACCCAUGGCAGGGGGUGGGACUAGAUGGCCUUUAAGAUCCGUUCCCACCCAAACCAUUUGAUGAUUCUCUGAUAGUCACAUAGCUCCCAGCAGGAUUUGCCCACCCAUUUCCCAAGAGGUUUGCAAAUGCUGCGGAAGUUGGUCCUUGCUCUCCCCAUGGUGAUGCACAUCCCAGUAUGCUCUGGCAAGUUUGCACUGGUAGCGAGGGAAGUCUCAGCCACGAGGCUCCUGCGCGGCUUGGAUGCUGCAGUAAGAUUCUUGCCAUCAGCACUCCUUGAGCAUCUUCUUUCUGUAGCUUUGCCUUUAAUUUUUUAUAGGAGCAUCUUUUCACCAACCCCUUCCCAGAGCCAGCUCCUUUAGAAACUGGCUGAGGUAGGGCCGCUGCUUGUCUGGCCCGAGUCCCUCCUUGACAUUUGGAAAGACCAGAUGAGUUUUCCAAACAUUUCUCUUCUUCUGGGCACAUUUGCAGUGUGUGCUCACUUGCUCUGACAUCUUCUGCCCAAACAACCCAUGCAGACCAGAAGACACCAGGCAGCCCAGCGACAGUGCUGGUUGGCACGCAGAAGGGUGGGAGUGAGUUCAGGGGGAUCAUCCCCGGGUCCUUCCAGCGCUCGGGAAGCAUCUGAUGUUUUCUCCUGCAGUCAGAGCUGAUGGGGUAGUUCCUGCUGUAGCUCCCCAAGGGUCCUUUCCCGGCACGGCCCCCUCGCCAGCACCUAACGCUGGAUCCUGCAAACCCAGGCGCAGGCGCUGUCACGUGCUGCUAUGAAGGGGCAGCAACACCAGUGGUAGGAGCAGGCGCAGAUGCUGGCGGGGUGGGAGCUGGCAGCGUUCCCGAGGUGCUCCUCAUCCCUAAGGAGGUGUCAGUGAGGCAGGCGCUCGAGCAGGAGGCAAAUCUGCAAUCCCCCGGCCUCAUUUCUGAGAUGGAUACCUGGAAGCUGGAUGGAAGAAGGUUGUUGUUAAAAAAAAAAAAUAAAAAAAAUCAUAAUCCUCCUGGCUUCAUAGGUGAGCAGAAAUUGUUUUUCCUGUUGGCUUCAUUUCCCCACGUCCCCAUUAGCUGCUCAGUGUCCUGUCUGGUGUCGAACUGGGUUCUCAGAGGCUCUGUGACCUUUUUUAUUUUUUUGAAACGUUCUCACUUAGCAAAAGGCAUUGAAGGCAUCCUCAUUCUGGGCAUGGCCAGCCCCCGCGUGGUGAGCGGCACGAGCCGGCGUGCCUCACUGUGCGUGUUGUUCCGCGCAUGCGGAAGUGACGGCGGUAGGAGAAGGACCGAUGCUGUUUUUAUUCUUGUAAAAUACUCCUGGCGAUUCACACCGUUUGUGAAUCG